AAAUUCUACAUAUAAAACUUAUUUUUAACCUUACUACUAACACUUUUUCCCUUACUAACACCCAGUAACAUUUGGUGGUCACUACGAGGGCUCAACUAACCCAAACUACAAGAAAAGUCAAAUCAAGUUUAAGCACACUACCUCAUAAACACGAAUUAUAAUCAAGAAACUUAAAAUCUAUCAAAAUGAAUAACAAUCAAGGACAGAACGCGUUGGCUAAUGUUAAUAACUCAAGCGCCAUACCUAGCUACAGACCCCGCCUCAUAGAAUUCUAUGGCUAUGAAGGCGAAGACUUCAGGCAUUUCCAAGAAAUAUUGGAAUCCUUCUUGGAUGUCACUAACAUCACCUCGGAUGCAAGGAAGUUAUCCAUUCUCAAAUCCCAAUUGCGCCGUGCCGCAAAGAUCUUUUACGAACAAGAAAUCGUAAAAGAGAACCCUGACCUCGCUUACGACAAGGCAAUCAAGCUCUUGCGUAAUCAAUAUAUUACACCAGAGCUCAUACAGAGUUAUGAGCUCGAAUUUAAUGAAAUGUAUCAAGGGACACAAGAACACCCACAAAUAUUCUUGGCUCGUCUCAGAGAAGCUGCAGAGCUUGCUAAUAUCAAUAGCGAAGCUGUAAUAGAAAGUCGAUUCAGAGCAGGUCUCCUUAAGGAGAUAAAACAGUUCUGUAUUCAGUGUAGCUCACGCACGUUCAAGGAUUGGGUAAGCCAUGCUGAAGGCUGGUGGAAUGCCAAUAGGCCCAGAAAGAUUGCCAUGGUUGACAACCCCUUCAUCCCAAGAAACAUCAAUAACGCAUUGAUAUACCAGGAUGAUAAUUCAUGUCCUAACAGAUACUCUGCAUAUCAACAUAAUGUGGAACUAAUUGAUAGCAAUGAAUACCAUCCAAAUUAUGUACCUGCCACAGAUGUUAAUAGAACUAUGAGAAAUAACAAUAUACCAAUCACACCUACCCAAUUGUCAACAAUGGAAGUCAUCAAAGGAAAUCGUGGUAAUUAUCAACAACCAUAUCAAAAUACAGAACAAGGAAACAGUAUGAGCAAUCAAGAUAUAGUGAACCUUAUACAACAGACCAUCCGAGAUGAGAUUAAUAAAUCUCAACAGCAACCACAAUAUAAUCGUCCUUAUUAUCGUAAUAAUCGCUAUAAUCAUUACAACAAGCGAGAUGAUUAUAACCAAAAGAAACCUCAAAACCAAAACGAAGAAUAUGAACGUACUCAACAGUCAAAAAACUAAUGGGGUCGGCUGCUUCUAAUACACAGAAGUAUGGUCAGUUGAAUACCCGCUAUGAAUAUAAAUCCAUAAACACACCAG